AUGAUAAUUUCGGGCAAAGUGAGAGCAGAGCCCCCAGCCAGCUGCCCCGGUCCCGCGCUGGGAGCCGAAGGGGCGGCUGUGCUGCGCAGGAGCGCCCCGCGGGCCGGGGGUGGCGGGCGCUGUGAGCAGGACGGGGCUGGGCUGAGCUCCCGCCGGCGCUUCCCACGGCCGCCUCCCGCCCAGCGCCCCCUCCCCACGGCCGGGGGCGGGGGGUCCGCAGCCCCGCGCCGCCCCCGGGCCCCGCGGAGGGGCCACAGCCCCGGGAGCGCCGCGAUGGAGCGGGCGGCGGCCGAGGGCCGGCCCCUGCUGCCGGCGCCGGGCGGCUCCGCCGGGCUCUCCUCGCCCGGGCUCUCCUCCGCCGGCGCCGUCUUCAUCCUGCUCAAGUCUGCACUGGGCGCGGGGCUGCUGAGCUUCCCCUGGGCCUUCGGCAGGGCCGGCGGGGCCGUCCCCGCCCUCCUGGUGGAGCUGGGCUCGCUGGUGUUCCUGGUGAGCGGGCUGGCCGUGCUGGGCUAUGCCGCGGCCCGCAGCGCCCAGCCCACCUACCAGGGCGUGGUCCGGGCCGUGUGCGGGGCGGCCGUGGGGAAGCUCUGUGAGGUCUGCUUCCUCCUCAACCUCUUCAUGAUCUCCGUGGCCCUCCUCAGGGUGGUGGGCGACCAGCUGGAGAAACUGUGUGACUCCCUGUACCCCAACGGGACACUGAGUGGGGACCCUCAGCUGCCCCCCUGGUACGUGGACCAGCGCUUCACCCUCUCAGCUCUCUGUGUCCUCGUCAUCUUCCCACUCUCUGUCCCCAGGGAGAUCGGCUUCCAGAAGUACUCCAGCAUCCUGGGCACGGUGGCUGCCUGCUACCUCACUCUGGUUGUCAUCCUGAAAUACUACCUGCAGGCAGAGAACCUGCGUUUGACUGAGUCGCCCCAGCCCUCCAGGUCCUCCUCCUGGACCUCCAUCUUCAGUGUCAUUCCCACCAUCUGCUUUGGCUUCCAGUGCCACGAGGCAUGUGUGGCCAUCUACAGCAGCAUGCGCAACCAGAGCUUCUCCCACUGGGUCACCGUCUCUGUGCUCUCCAUGCUCAUUUGCCUGCUCAUCUACUCCCUCACUGCAGGGCUCUAUGGCUACCUGACCUUCGGCGAGGCCGUGGCGCCCGAUGUCCUGAUGUCCUACCCAGGGAAUGACCCGCUUGUCAUCGUCGCCCGCCUGCUCUUUGGCGUCUCCAUUGUCACCAUUUACCCCAUUGUGGUGCUGCUGGGCAGAUCCGUGGUGAAGGACUUGUGGGCAGCCCCGAAGCGCGGGGCCGUGGCAGUGUCUGAGGCACACGAGCGGCGCAGCCGGGUGGCACUGACGGUCACCUGGAUGGCCGCCACGCUGGGCAUCGCCCUGUUCGUGCCCGACAUCGGCAAAGUCAUCGAGCUCAUCGGGGGCAUCAGCGCCUUCUUCAUCUUCAUCUUCCCAGGGCUGUGCCUCGUGUGCGUGACUGGGACCCGCAGCCUCGGGCCACGCAAAAGGGCUGCUCUCAUCGCCUGGGGCGUUCUCUCCGUUCUCGGCGGUGCCUUCGUGUGCGGGCAGAGCGCUGCCCUGGCCGUGCUGGGGCUGCUGCGCUGAGGGACCACAGAGCCCGUCGUGACCCCCCCGACCCUCCCCGUCCUGCCCCGAACGCAGCCACGCCGCUGGAUCCCAUGGCGCUUUUAUUUGGCAUCGCCGUCCCCGUUGUACAGUGGCUAAUAAAGACAGGAAGAGGGUAUUGGCAAGGGUCCACACCACACACCCCGAGAGACCCCCACGCAUGGCGGGGUGGGUGUGGGAUUGGCACAGACAGACACACACACAGAUGAAGUACAGACCCCAGGAAGGAGGGGAGGCAGCCA